UUAGAGACUGUAAGCCCUGGCAGUUAUGAGGGCGGAUGAGCUGCCCUCUGUAGCUGGGCCAUGCGUUCUCCAGUUUGCCACAGUCCUCACCCCUCCCCGAUGUGUCUCUGACACGAUGUUUCUUAUAGAAAUCCAGCUGACUCGGUUCUUUCUCACCUGUCUCCUGGCACAUGAGCAGUCCUCCGUCUCAGGUGAUGGUGAACAUUUCCCCUGAGAGGCCAGAUAGUAAAGAGUUAUUUUGAGCUUUGUGGGUCAUAGUAUCUCUAGUAUAAUACGACUCUCCAGGCCUGCUGUUGCAGGGUAGAGAGAAGCAGCUUUGUGCAGGGUGCAGACAGGAGAAGAGUGUGGCUGCGUGCAGGUCAAACUCUUUACAGAAGCAGGAGGUAGUGACCCUGCUUUGCCCACUGGAACUCACCAAGUCUGCCCCAAUCCACUCAGCUCAACUGUCCUGAGCCCCAACUAGCCUUCUGUCCCUCUCUGCCCUUCUGUCCCUUGGGCUUCCCUACCUUCUACACAUCUCACGACAGACCUUAAACUUCACCUUCAAGGUUUGAGGCUGGGGGUGGGGCUGGGUGGAAUCUGCCCUGGAACGCGGUCAAGCUACAAGUCCUCAGCUCUCCAGGGAUACGGGAGGCUGGCCUCCUCGUCAGAGCGAAUGGGCACGUUGUACACGGAUGACCAAGCAGUCCUGGUGGCCUGUGGACUGUAGUUAAGCAGGAGAUUCAGCCUCUGUUAAUGUCCCCUAAGGUGAUGAGCCUCUCUCUGCGGCAGUCAUAUGUGAGUGACAGGAGGAUUCUGAACAACUGGGGAGUUAAAAAAAAAAAAGGUCCGCCUCAGUUGGUGGCCACCAGGACUGCAAGUGUCAUGACCGCGCUUGCAGAAAGCAGUGGUCACUUGCAAGGCGCUCUUGGCCGUGUUGACUGGGAAAAACCCAGGGUGAAGUGAUCUGAGCAGUGCGAAGAUAGCAGAUGAGUCCCAGUGUGUACAAAGAACAGAAGACUGAAGAGAAUUACACCCACACGUUGGGCUGCCUGUCUGAUCUCUUUGAGAAAACAGUGAAAAAUCUCCGAAUGAGGAGGCGUACAGGCCUGUGGCUACCUCCCUGGGUCCUGCAGCACCUGCUCCUGUUGGGAGGCUGUAAGCACACCCGUCAGGGCACAGGCCCGGCCCUCUGGAGCCUGGCCACCCCUAGGAAGGGUGGCGCUGGUUGCCAAGGUGCCAAGGCCUCAGGUGGCAGCUAUCUCGGAUCCGGAAGCAGGAAGUAGUCUGCAUUCUCAGGACCCGGUACUUGCCUGCUUGGGGCAGGUGGUACCCAGAAGUCUGGAGCUGAGAUGGCCUUGCCGGAAGACCUGGAGAAAGAGCUGGAGGCCACAGCCCAGGAAGUGCUGGGGAAACUGAGGAGCCAUCAGCUCUUCCAGUCUGGGUGGGACACUGCUGCCUUCAUCAUCUUCCUCAUCUUCCUUGGCACCGUGCUGCUGCUGCUGCUGCUUGUUUGCAUCCACUGUUGCUGCUCCGGCUGCUGCAGCCACCGCACCUCCAGAUCCCGGAAGGUGAGCCCCCAGCAGGAACACCGCAGGGGCGUGGAUAACUUGGGCCUGGAGCCUUAACAAGGGGCGCCCACCAGCCACCCUCCCCGUGCGUCCUGCUGGGAAGCAGUAACAAUGCCUCCUUUGCCCAGAGCCUGAGUCUGGAAUGUGUUCUGAGUCUCCUGUUAAGGGGUGGGCAGUGUGGGAACUCACUGCUUUAUCCAGAUGCCCACCUGGUCCCUCACAGCUGUCAGCCGGCACGGCUGUCACCAGACCCUAAGUAACUUGCUCCGGGUCCCCAGCAACUGCCCAUGGGAGAGGAAGCUGGGGUGCACCUCAGGGACCCCAACCUCCAGGCAGAACCCUUGUUCCCACUCCCCUAAGCACCUUGGCAGCCUACUGGACCCCCUUAAAGGUGGCAUGGGGAGGCCAGAGGCUCAGUCACUGGGUACCCCACUCCAGUCCUGACUAUCCGGGAUCCUCAGUCUGGUCCUCACUCAGACAGACAGACAGACAGACAUUCCAGGUAAAGUCAGAUGAGCUUUAUUUCCCAGACGCCUCGUCAGGGAUGCUGAGCAACACAUUCUAGGGCACCACACCUUGCGGCUUCCGUUGGCUCUCUUAAUUCACAGCUUAGGGCCGCCACCCACCCUUCACCCUCCGUGGAGGGGAGGUGUGUGUGGCCACCGGCCACCCUUCAUACCCUUCACCAGUUGGGGCAGCUCAGAAGGCAGGCAAAGGAGGCGGAAGGAGAGCCCUGGGCUUGGCCCCACCCAGAGUCCAAAGGUUCCUACCCAUAGGGAGGGAAGGAGGGUUUGGAAUGUGGGCCACAUCUCAGCUCUGCCUUCCUCACCGCCCCCCUUCACAAAAUGAAAAGCAAACUGCUGUCCCCUCCUGUCA